AAAAAAAAGUGAACAGCCAGAAUCUCAUUGGCCAUAGAACAUCUAACCCAGUUCGUUAUAAAGCAGAUCGUAUUGGAAAUUUUUACGCGCGCCAAACGUUAUUUAUUGUUUAUAUCAUAUUAUUAUUCAUUCUAUUCAAUUUAUUCUUGUAUUUUGGUGAUUUAAUUUGUUUUUUUUCUGCAAAAAAAAAUGGCUGGUAAUAGUAAACAGAAACAAGUGUCACGAUCGGUUAAUAUUGUUAACAAUAAUACGACACAAUCAUCAUCAUCUACACCAGCUGAAUGUUUUAAUUGUCAUAAACCAAUACGUGAACGAUAUCUACUCAAAGCAUUGGAUCAAUAUUGGCAUGAAGAUUGUCUUAAAUGUUCUUGCUGUGAUUGUCGACUUGGUGAAGUUGGAUCAACAUUAUUCACUAAAGCAAAUCUAAUUCUAUGUAAACGAGAUUAUCUAAGAUUAUUUGGCAACACUGGUUUUUGUUCAGCAUGUAAUAAAACAAUACCCGGUUUUGAGAUGGUCAUGAGAGCUAAAUCCAAUGUUUAUCAUUUGGAAUGUUUUUCCUGUUUUCAAUGUCAUCAAAAAUUCUGUGUUGGUGAUCGAUUCUAUUUAUAUGAGAAUAAAAUUCUAUGCGAAUAUGAUUAUGAAGAAAGAAUGUUAUUUGCCAAUCUAUCACGAAGUAAUCAUUUAAAUGAUUUAAUGCAACGGCAUCAACAGCAAACGAUUCAAUCAUCAUCAUCAUUACAGCCAACAUCGACAACAUCUCAUCAUCAACAACAACAACUACAACAAGCUCAUCCUUAUCAUAAUAAUAAUAUGAAUAUUACACACAAUCAUCAUCAUCAACAGCCACCACCACCACCACCGCAACAACAACAACAACACCCUAACAAAAUGGAUGGUGAAUUAUGUGAUGCAAGUAGCGGUUACGGAAGUGGAGAUUCACCAUUCGAUCAUUGAUAUGGUUGUAUUAUUCAAAAUUCUCUUUUCUUAAUGCUAUGCACAAUCAUCAAAAAUUUUUUUUCAAUUACUAAAGUUGU